AUGCAUCAACCCAUUCCUUCACUUUUCUCAUCCCAAUCAAAUAAAAGGGAAACAAAUGUUCCAGACUAUGCAUAUGAUGAUGAUGAUAAUGUGAUGGUGUCAUUUGCUGAAAUUCAGUUUCACCCAGAAGAAGAUAAUAUUCCAAAUCACAUGCUUAUGUCUGGGAAACAAUUUAAGAUUUUGAACAACAAGUUGAAUUCGUUGUUGCAAAUUCAAGCAGAUACAGGGGGUCGACAUUCGAAGUGGACAUAUAACAAUAUUCAACAUGAGAUCACCAAGUUUCGUGAUGUAGCCAAAGAACAUCACAUUCUUUUUGUUGAAGAAGUACAGAAGUCUUCAUGGAAAGUCUAUGUGGUUGUCGAAACAAUAAAGAAGCUUGCAGAAUAUAACAAUUCUUUUACUACAAAGGUGGAUGUUAAGAAUGAAUUUGAUUCAAAAGUGUUGCUCAAGCUUGAUGAAGUUUUGGGUAACCUGAAGGAGUCCAUGUCAAAGCUUGAUCUUUCUCAACAAUCCACUAUUUCUAUGGAGUCCAUUUCGAAGAUGAUUUCAUCUCUCGAAAAGAGUCUAAAAAUAAACCUAGCUCUUAUUCUUCAACUCAUGUCUUUCCUGCCAACAAAUUGCCCACCUGUCAAAUAA